AUGCUUGAAGAAUCAUUUGACCGAAUGCAACUCGGAAGGGAGUUCUUGAGGUUUUCUCAUAUCUUCAGCGUUGAAAUCGACCCUGUCAAACAGGCAUAUAUCGCGCGAAACACAGAAGAUGCUAUUAUCUUUAAGGAUGUUCGAGAUUUCAUCGCACCUAAUGACCUCAAAGCGCCUACUGCAAUGGGUGCGUUGAGAACGAUUCCCGGGGACAUCGAUCUUCUUGUUGCCGGUUGUUCUUGUCUGGACUUUUCCACGCUCAACUCACAAAAGCGUAAGGACUUUUCCGAUUAUGUCAUUACGACUGGGAAAGAGUUAAUGGAGUACAUCGAGCAAAAUGGUGAAGGAGAUGGCUACGACGACUCUCUUUUUGAAGUGGUCAACGAUUCCUUCAACCUACUUCUCGACAAGAUAAAUGAGAUGGGUACUUCGGGACAGACAUUCUUUUCGAUGCUGAAGUACGUAAGGGAUUAUCGACCUAAGGUUGUUAUCCUAGAGAAUGUCAUGGGAGCUCCCUGGAAGAGCACCGCAGACAUAUGGUUCCCUUUUGUCGGAUAUAAAGCCGUCUUCGUCAAGGUGGAUACGAAGAACUACUAUAUCCCUCAAACUCGUACCCGCGGCUACCUCGUUGCUAUUGAUAAGAAUGUUUUUAAGGGCAAGGUAGCAGACGACAUUGUCAAUCGAUGGUCUGUUUUGAUGACAAAAGAUCUUGUGAGACGAGCAUCUACCCCUGUAAAUUCGUGGUUACUUCCUUCGGCUCACCCGUUGACCGAACGAGCCCGCCAAGAUGAUUCGGAGAAGGCAUUAGCUCCACCCUCGAAGACCGCCGACUGGGAACGCAGCAAGGCUCGUCAUCUCCGAAUUCGCGAAAAGGAAGAACUCGGCGAAUCUCGUCCUCUCACAAAUUGGAGUCUGGCCCAACCAGGGCAGCUUUAUGAUCGUAUGGAUCGGCUUGUGACUCUCACACAACCGAAACGUGUCCUAGACUGCAUCGACAUCAAUCACUUGCGAGCAUUGAAGAAAGGUUAUGACUCGAGGUUCAAGAACCGUAUCCAUGAUCUCAGCCAGAACGUAGAUCGAACCCAUAUCAACACUCCGUUUGGAAUCACUGGGUGCAUCACUCCGAACGGUAUACAUUGGGUAACGGACCAGUGCAGAAUCCUCUCUGGCUUUGAGAUGCUAGGCUUACAAGGACUGCCACUUAACCGACUCGAAUUCGCAGCUGAGUCCCAGGAAGAUCUUCGGAAUCUUGCUGGCAACGCGAUGAGUACAACAGUCGUUGGUACCGCUAUGGUGGCUAUCUUGAGAGCGAUUCAAGAAAGCCCUUGCAGUCUAGGCGACAUCUUUUCCAGGCCUUUGAAGGAGACCCGGGUGGAAAUGAAUCGGCAGGUCAUAGAUUCUGAAUUAGAAAAAUCCGAAAGCUUUAGCACCAGGAUUGUUCGACCUUUUCAGAUGUCAUCAUUAACAGAACUUCUGGAAAGAUGCCGAAGAUAUUGCUUUUGCAAUGGAUCGGCGAAGUAUAGUACUGAUGACUUCCUGGAAUGUACGAUAUGUUCCACCAUUCGCUGCAAGUGGUGCGCUGGAAAUCCGCCACACGACUUCGUCCCAACAAAGCGGCCCUCGAACUUCUUACUGCUAGGAGAAGUAGAGCAAGAGAUCAUGCAAUUCUUACCGAGCACAAUUACAGAUCUGGUCACCGUAGUGUACCAGAUGCCGACUGAUCUUGCUCCAACGACAGCCAUCACAGCUUUCCCUUCCCUUAUGGAGCAUCUCGCACAUACAACUUUUUACUACCAGGGCACCCGCGUCACAGAGGUAGUGACUGUCUGUUACGCCAACCAAAAGGGGUUCGAGCUUCGAGCAAGUGCAUAUGGGGAAGAGUUUCGAAAGCAGUUAACCAGGAUCUAUGAAGGCGACUGUAGUAUCCUUCCUAAGCCCGCUUCUUGGAAGUUCUGGUGUUUCAAAUCAGAACGGCUCCAAGUGGAAAUCAUGAAGACUGGCAGUACUCUACAUAUCGUGACGAUUUAUGUAAAAAACCCUUGCGCACUUCCGACAGACUUGCAGAAUGAUUUUUAUGCAGCUCGUGGGAAGUACUACCAUCAGCCCGACUGUGACGCCCCUGAGAACAGUCUCCAUGUUCAUGACAAGGACAAGAGGAAGUUGUUUUUAUUCAAGGAAUCUACCCGAACUGGUACACCCGAUCGAGAUGGUUAUAUCAUUUCGGAAGAGUGUCGUUUAUUGGAAUCUUAUGAAUAUCGGGAGGUCGUACUUAAGUUCAAGGCCUGUGUGGAUCUCCAGAAGCUGGACCCAGGUAGAGGAACUGUUGAUGCCCAACUGGAUGGGUUUUGGGUGAGUCCGCAGGUCAUAAAGCACGGAACUUCUCCCAUCAUGGCGAGUUACAGACACCUAGAGCGUCUCAGGGUUCCUAAUUCAAAGCGCUACAUGAUUCACAGAGAAGACCCGGAACAGCAAGUUCUAGCUGAAGCGCUAUUCACGAGAGAUAGGCAUUGCGAUCAAUAUGGGAUCAUAAACAAAUACGAGUCUCUUAGCGAGAGCACAGAAGGCUGGGUUACGGUUGAAAAACUUGAGCUUCCUCAAUUUCAUGAUUUUGUCUCCCAUAUUAACGUCAAGCUCGCGAGCCUUGGACUUCUCGAAGUAGACUUCGAGAUGGCGGACAUUGACUCUUGGAUCAAGGAACUUGAAAAGUGGAGGACUGGAGUUGAUGCCAAGGGCCCCCCUUCCGGACAGCUACCGCGAGCCCAAUGGCUCAAAGUCAGUUUUCAAGCUGGUUCCAGACGUAAAGCUGGUACGAGAUGGGUUCAACACUAUAAUUCUGAUGCAAUGGAGGCAUUCGAAGGACACGCGAAGGAGCAGGUCCCGCCGUUCGAAGUAAGGGUAAAGGUUGACCCAACCUUGUUGCAGUCGGAAUAUCAAGAUGAGUUGGAAUUCGAAGACCAAUUCGAAGACCAAUUUGUCACCCUGAUACAGUACUUGAUCAAUCCUAAGACUCUUGCGCGUACAGCAACAGCGUAUUUGCCACCAACUAAAAACUCCACGGCCACAGUAUCUGCGUAUACCCGGGUCGAGCGCAAUGCGGUUAUGUCAGAAAACAUUCAAGUGAAUUCUGGUUCCGAGAAGCACAGCUUCGUGCCCUUCCGGGAGUCAUUAAAAGGCCUGGCAGAGUUCCCGCUUCCUGAAGACAUUCGAACUGAAAUGUCUAUAAAAAUGAAAUCGUUCCGAACGAAGCUGAGCAAGUGUCAGUCGCAAUCUCUUGGUUGGACGCUUUGGCGUGAAAUAUAUGGGCCGGAAUUCACGGAACGAGAGAUUGAAGAGGAAAUUGUGCCCGAUCUUAAGCUCCGGCUUAUUGGUUGUGCUGAACGCAAAGCUUAUCACCACGGAGGCAUACUUGCGGACGACGUUGGCUACGGCAAGACCAUUAUUAUGUUAGCACUCAUGCACUGCCAGGAGGAGUUUGACAGUACAACGUCCUUGAAGCUACGUGUUACCAAGAACCCAGACCGUGUACAUCUCACUGCUAGUCUUGUGUUGGUACCUUCGCAUCUAGUUGAUCAGUGGGCUGAUGAAGCGCGUAAAUUUCUCCCUAUGGAGUCUACGGACGUGUUCACAAUCAAAGGACUAGCCGAUCUCAAGGACGACGCAUCUUUGAAGGUCCUUGAGAAGUUUCUAAAGGCGAGGCUUAUUAUUGUUAGUGUUGAAUGCAUCUCAGGGCCCGAAUACUACCAAAACCUUGCUAAGUUAGCAGGAUCUCUUGAUCCGCCCUGCGUCCGAGAGAAUUUCAAAAAGGGUCCCAGCGCCGUUCCCCUCCAGUCUCGCACCUUUGAAGAUUGGUAUGAGGAUGCUGCACCUGCAGCUGGGGACCACGCCGGAACGCUGAUGGAAUAUGGAAAAAAGAACUAUUUCAGUGCUUGCGCGUAUAUGGACCUAUAUCAUGAAAUCACGGGCCGCCGGGAUGCGCGUAAAAUGAUGUAUAGGGACUUUUCUAAGGACUAUAAAAAGUCGGUUAUAAACUCAGCUGAACCAGCGGGAGCAGAAACAGUUUACAGUAUCAAGUCACCUCAGGAGAUAUUUCUGCAUCCAAACUCUGAAUUUGAACCAACAACAUACACUCACAUAUUAGAAGCUUUUACCUUCGCUCGAGUGGUGUACGACGAAUUCUCCUACGAAGGAUUUCCAUCAACCCUUUUCGUCGCCAACUCGCAGGCCCAUUCGAAAUGGGUUCUAUCGGCGACGCCGCCGACCAAAGAUUUAGCAGCUAUAUGCUAUACCGCGAAGCACUUCAAUGUUCACGUUGCACGUCCAAUUCGCCGCCGACAGGGGAUGCCUCGGAUCACUGAUGGCCCUGAGUUGGAGGAUAGAAGUAAUGCGGAAGAUCUACAGAUUAACAAGUUUCUGUCGGACCAGACCAUUCGUGAGAGACACCAACAGGGAAUGAAGUUCUUGGAGCAUUUUGCGACUUCCAACCCCCUCGACCAAGAUCUUGCUGGUGGCAUUGAAGUCGAAGAAAAAGUUGUGGUAUGCGAGAUGAGUCCUUACGAAUUCAUCCACUAUCACGACCUAGAGCAAGAUCUGCGGGCUCAUAACUUCGACGCGAAUAUGCUGCCAAGGGAGUCUCGUGUCUUUUUGCAGCCGCUAAUCAGUGAAGAAUGGGGUGCGGACGGGAAGCAAGUCGGCACCGCCGCAUUAAUUCACCGCUCUUCUCACGGAAACUGGCACAGGGAAGAAUAUUCCACGUCAAGUCUCAUAGAGCAGCGACGUGCUGUGCGCCUCAAUGCCCUUCGAUGUUUUGGAAUCGUAGCCGAGAAAGCCAUCUGGCUCUCCAAGCGUAUCUGGGCCAAUGAGGUGGAGAAGAGUUUCGACAAUGGUAGAAAUGCCACCACUGAUAUCUACAUGCUUCUUAGAGAUAUCUGGGGGAAGAGUCUCGCUGAAUGUGGUGGACUUGAUGCCUGGCGUGAGCUAUCGCGAGAAAUCAUCACCAAGGAUGGAAAUUCAUACGAAGAAAUAGUGAAUUUUGUCCAAGGUAGCUACCCUUACUUCCGCAUGAGCGAAGAGUUUUUUUUUGAUGCUCUCAAUACAUUCACCUCAACCACGUGGAUUGACUAUUACCACUUGGAAUCCGGUGAUCUCAAAGCCAUAGACGAACAAGAAGCUACUGCUCUGCUACAGGACCUGACUCGUGUCAAUGAUAGCAUAAGCAUGGACCUGAUGAGGGGCGAUACACGAGCCGCUCUAAGCAUGCUCGUCAAAGAGGGCCAAGAACGAUUUAUGAAGCCAAAGGAGACUGUACAGUCUCUAGCGACGAGAAUCACAGAGGAACAGGUGGAUAAAGCCAGCAACAAGUCAUGCCUUGAAAACUUAUGCCGUGCCGCAGGUAUCGCUUUCAAUACCACUGCUACGAAGGCCAAUCUCGUGGCACUCUUGAAAUCCCAUGUGAAGGGUGAGCUUGAGGAAUACGAGUAUGUCGGAUACGAAGAGUGUGAGGCGAUGAAUGUUCAAAGGUACCCCCGAAUCGGCGCAACAACCAGGAUUCGAGGUGGGAAGUAUACGCUCACUGGAAAUGAUGUAAGCAACACAGCGGUUGAGUUGCGCAAGACCUUCGAGAAAGUCAUAUAUGCGAUUAAGCAAGAGCGGAUUACCAAGAAUCUCAUGUCGGUUGAGAGGGAAAUGAACUGCGACCUUUGCGGACAAAUGGUACCCAGAGAAGACCUGUACAUCGUUUGCGAAUGUGGCCAUCUACUUUGCAAAAAUCAUCUCAACUCGAUUCAUUGCGGUGGAGAUAAUGGUGACCGUUGCUCAUCUUUGCUGAGAGACGCAACUAUGUCAUUGAAGAAUGUCAACAACCCUCAGCGACGUCUUGACCUCGGUUUUGGCACGCAGACUGAUGCCCCGUGCCAUAAAAUCAGCUCCAAGUUCCAGAUGUUGGCCAAUGUGGCCAAGGCGAUUCCUGCUGAUGAGUUUGGUCUUGUAUUCUUUCAAUACAACAGCCAGCUCGAAGAACUCAAGUAUACCCUGAGAAAGAACGGAAUUGGAUUUUUCCAUAUUACUGAUUCCCAGGCCAAGAAGCUUAAAAGAAUGGACGAUCGGAUGAGGUCUGUCGAUCAGUUGGGUAGAUUGGGACGAUCCGACCUUCAGGAUCGAUGUGACGAACGUGGCCUUCAGUGGUCAGAUGAAGAAAGUGAUACAGAUUUAAGAAGUAAGAUUAAGGGCUGGGAGAAGCGGUUUGGAGCCAGUGUGAAGCAUCCCAAGCUUCGAAUCUUGCAGAUCAACGACGUCACGUCCGCAGGCUCGAACUUUCAAUAUGCCAAUCAUGUCAUGUUCGUAAGCCCCUUUGCGGUGGACCUACAGGAGAACUACGAUUCCUGCAUGAAACAAGCGAUAGGCAGAUGUGUUCGAUAUGGACAGAAGAAGGCGGUGCAGGUUUACCACUUCGUUACCGCCAAUACCAUAGAAGUCGACAUCUUGGAGCUACGAAAACAGAGCCACGUCCUUGUUCGCCCCGGAAAAGCCAUUGGUAGACUCCGACCCGCCCUACUGGCGGGCAAUGGGAUGAAAGAUGAUCGUGCUACCGAUUUCGAAGGAGAUAUCAUCAUGUACGACUGCCUAGAUCCUUCCGAUACCUUUGACAACCAGGUCGAAGAAGAGAGGAUCAAGUCAAACCUGACUACCCAGGAAAUUUGGAAAGCCAUGAAUGAGCAGAAUUGGCUGACCACGGUGGGCAUUGAGUACUAA